AUGGAGACUCUGUGCCCCGCGCUGCCGCCGCCGUCGCCUCUCGCGGUGCCGGCGUCCCCCCGAAGGUCGCCUUGCUCCCCGGCCCCUCGGAAGAAGCCGCCGCCGCCUCUGUCGCAGCCGCCGCGUCGGGGGCCGACGCAGGAGUUCUUCUCCCCGCUGUGCCUGCGCGCCCUGGCCUUCUGCGCCCUCGCCCAGCCCCGCGCGUCCUCUCUGGGCCCGGGCUCCGGGGAGCCGGCGACGACGCGGGCCCCGUUGCUGCUAGGCCCGCGCGCACCGCGGUGCACCGGAGCCUGGGCCCCAGAGGGCACCAAGCGGCCCGGCUCGCCCGCCGGACGGGAGGCGGACGCCGCAGUGUGCCCGACCCGCGAGGAGGACGAGGACGCGGACGCGGACGCGGAGCAGCAGCAGGAGGAAGAGGAGGUGGAAGACGGAGGCGGUGGCCCGCCUUGGGGUGACCCUCGCGGCCGCUGCAGCCCUCGGGAGCCUCCCAACGGUUCCGACCCAUUUGCGGAUCCAGACUCAGCGCCCGAUCCAGCCGCAGCCGCCGGCCCGCCUCUGGAGCCCAGCGCCCGGCCACCUGCGGGCUGCUCCUCCGACCCCUUGGAGGAAGGCAGCGCCCCGGAGCCCCCCGCUCCCUCCCAGUCCCCGACGACGGCCGCGCCCGGCGAGCCCCGCCAGCAACACUUCGACCGCCUGAUCCGCCGCUCCAAACUUUGGUGCUACGCGAAGGGCUUCGCGCUCGACACCCCCGCCGUGCGCCGCGGGUCCGAGCGGACACCCGCCUCCUCCAAGGGGCCGGCCCGGGGCGCCCCGAAGAAGCGACGGCGGCGCCCCCCGACGCCCCCUCCUCGCCCCCGCUGCGCCCAGCCCCGCCGCCCGGCCCCGACGCUGCCCACCGCCAGCACCUUCAGCCUCCUGGAUUGCUUCCCCUGCCCCGCCGCGCUGGUGGUGGCCGACGACGGGGACCUGGGGCCCGCCUCGUCGCUGCGCCUCCCGCCGGGGAUCGCCAAGCCCCCGCCCGCCCACCCGCUGUGGAGGUGGCAGAUCGGGGGUCCCGCCGUGCCCGAGCCCCCCGGCCUCAAAUUCUGGGGCAUCCACUGGGACGAACGCUGA